AAAGUCAUCAUUGCUUGGGGAAUCUGGAGAUGAAAUCCUUCAUACAUUACAAGAUGUUCAGCAUAUCAGAUGAUGAUGACCUGGACUACCUCAGCGGAGAUUUCCUAGAUGUCCCAUCUCCAAAGAACAGACCCGCCAAGCGUAGCUCCUUUGAUCUUGGGCUGACCGAUCACAACACCAAUACGAAAAAGCCAUGCAUCACAGAACUAAAUUUAGCAUCACAACAUGGAAAGAACGGUGUACAGAGGACAAAUUCUGAAGGCCAAGAUAAACAGAAGGGAGCUUUAACACUCCACCCUCCUUCGUUUCUCAGGAGUAACGCGGCUACUACUCCUUGUUCACUUCCUGCAAAUACUUUCACUGGGCUUGCUGGUAGGCCUACUAGCGCUACAUGUAGCAGUGUGUCUAAACCAAAUACCCCCAAACCCAUUGUCUCGUCGACUUUCUCAAACAAACCUUGUGGCAGUGUUCUCUCAGUAAGUGACAAAUUCACUGUGCCCGAUUCAGAAAGUAGAAGUACAGCAAAUGACUUGGAUUUUGGACUUGACUCUGAUUCUGAUUUGGACUUGAGUCUAGUGAAUGCAAUGGUUGGUGCUGUCGAGACUGUUGAUGAAAAAAAACAAGGAGCUCCUUUAGCACCCAGAAAUGCAAUUAUUCACAAUUCACAAGUUCCCUCAACGUCAAAAGUUAACUUUGCAACUGUUUCUAACAAAGGACUUAACUCGAAUAAGCCACCUUCACUGUCUUCAAAUAACAUGCGGGGGAUAGAUAAUCAGCCUGGUAUUGUUGGUCGGUUGAGAACUCCCCUAAACUCUGUCCAGCCUAGUUUGUCAAGUAACGCUCCAAGCAACUGUGGUAAGGAAACUGCCAGUUUAUUGAACAUUUCUUCCUCGCAUCGCAAUGAAAGUGGUGGUGAAGGAAAUCUUUCAAAGGUUUUACGGACUCCAAGUGUUCAGCCUCAUGCCCCAUUCGAACCUUCAAAUUCGGCAGGAUCUUGUCUGCGCACUCCAUAUGUACCAGUUCGACUAGGUUCUGAAAGAUAUAUUUCGCCGACGCCAAAUCCACAACAUGAUACUUCAAGUAAUACAGUAAGAUCUUCAACUUCUGCAAGUGGAAGUUACAGGCUGCGCACACCAGAUGUACUUAUACAACAAGACGCAGACAAACGAGUGACUGCAACCCUAAGCAGAGGAGCUUCAAAUGUCCACGAGCAAUGCACCCCUUCUCACCAGAAUCCACUGUUUGUGCGUACGAAAGUCUCCCCACUGCAGACGUCGAGUCCUUGUCCAAGGGAGGGAAGACCAGAGGCUACCACAAGGUACAUCACUCCCAAGUGUCCUGCCCAAGGAAGGAUGAGAACAACUGAUGAUGAUACUCCAAGAAGGAGGAAGAAAAGACGAAAAUUUCCUGGCCCCGCAGGCAUGCUCCCCAAACUGGCCCCAGGACAAGAUCUCGACAAUGUCAGUAUCAAUCCUUUCGAUAACGCUGCCAAGAUGAAAGAAAACAGUGGACAAAAGACACCAGCGGAGGACGAUUCUGACCCACCGGCCUCGCAGAUGACCCAGCUACCAUUUGGUGAUGAAGUCUGGCAGUGUAUGAAAGAAGAUAUUGGACCAGAGAUUUAUCACUUCUGUCGGGACUUUAAUAUAGCUCAUAUUAUUGUCAAGUCUUCUUCGAAACAGCUCCCUCGUGGCAAGGUUCCUGUGAUGUGUGCAAUGGUGGACUCGAUGAAUGUCUUGGCGGCUGAAGCUAGUGUAAUACUCAAAGACACUUCAGGAGAGAUAAAAGCCACUGUACAUAGGCAAGUUGUGAAGGAAUUCCAGUCCGAAUUGCAAGCAGGUUGUGGUUUGGUUCUGAAACAGGUCGGGGUCUUCAGUCCCUCUGUAAGAAAACACUACCUGAACAUCACACCGAAUAACCUAGUGUAUAUCUACACCAAGAAGGACGCCCAGCUGUCUUGUCAGAACAUUUCGUCCAUUACCGUUGGCGAAAUUAAAGAGAGUCUUAUAUUGGAUCAAGAAGCGGAGCAUAGUCGAUCUACUACUGCAGGAAUGCCACAGACGCCCGUUCAGUCUCAUAGUGUUGGACCGAAUCAUAUGCAGACGCCGGUUGCUGUUAUUCCUCACACACCGAAUGGGAGGGAACAAUCUCAGAAUCGUAACAGCAUGAGAACCGCAGCAACUCCUAAUUCAGGACUAAGUACCCCUACCAUUGCUGGAAGAGGCAGUGUGGGCGUUCGGAGUCCUCCCUGCCCUACUGGCAUACAACCAAAGACUCCCAGAAUGCCCCAAGCUGCUAUGCAAGGGCGGGGAAUGGGACCAAGUCCUAAUUCUAGGACAUCAUUUGCUUCAAAUCCAGGAUUGAACACGCCUACAGGAGUUCGAAGGGGCAGUGGACAGUUUCAAAAUUCUGCACAAUCCAGUGUUGGUGCGGCUGGUGGUCUUUCGAAGCAUUCUUCCUCUGGGACACCAAGACCUGGACCUAGUCAGACUAUACCCACAGUAUCUGGGCUCGGUGGUGCUGGUACAUUAUCUGGUUCGAGCGCGAAUUCACAUCAAUGUCCCCCUCAAUCUUCUAAUGUGUCAACACAGAAUCGGUCUCAAGGAGCAGGCCUAAGGACUCCUAUUCCAAAUCAAAGACUUCCUAACCCGGGGCACAUGUCGCAGGGUCCAGUACGUCAGAAUUCUAAUCCAUCAAUUCCUUGUCGUUCUCAAGGAAAUAGUAUGACUCCAGUGUGUGCAGCUGUCCCAAAUAAUGGCAAGAGAAAAAACUCUGGUCAAUCUAUGAACAAUUCGGGACCAAGUCAUUCUGGUGGUGGAAAUAUUACAUUCAGAAAAACGUCCAUGCCAUCUGCUCAAAUUGCUCAUGGGAAUAUGACACAAGCUGCGAUGUCUACACCAGGGGAUAAGACUUCUACUGCCUGGGAGAAGUCAGUCGCUGGCAAAUCUGAUGCAGUGAAUUGGGAAAAUGAAAGUAUCAGUGAUCUUCUAUGCGGCCUCGAAGAUGAGAUGAUGGAUGAUUUGGAAGUUUGAGUACGACUACGAGACUGCUGUAUUGAUUGGUGCUGCCACCUAUAUACUCUGAGACUUGUCUGUACGUGACUGUGUCGGUGAUUCCUGCCUGUUGUGGAUUUUGAUAUGAGCGAGCAUGAAUACUUGACUUGCCAAACUCAGCUCGACGCCGAACUGCAGCGCCACUCGCGGACAAAGAUAGAACAAC